AUGUGUAAUGAAAUUUAUUUCAUCGGAGUGGAUGUGGGGUCAGGCAGUGUCAGGGCUGCCCUGGUAGAUCAAAAUGGACAUGUAAUGCAAACAUCUGUAAAGGAACUUCAUACAUGGAAACCAGCAGUUGAUUUUUAUGAACAAUCGUCAAAUAAUAUUUGGAAUAGUUGUGAAUUUGUCAUAAGGAAUGUGAUUACAAAUAUUAAACCAGAGUGUGUAAGAGGCAUUGGUUUUGAUGCAACCUGUUCCCUAGUAGUUUUAGAUAAGAAUGGAAAUCCAAUAUCAGUCAGCAAUUCAAAUAAUGAAGAACAAAAUGUAAUAAUGUGGAUGGAUCACAGAGCCCAAGCUGAAGCAGAAUUCAUAAACAAUAAGGGCCAUGAAAUUCUUAAAUAUGUUGGAGGAAAGGUGAGCCUGGAAAUGGAAAUGCCAAAACUUCUCUGGCUGAAAAAAAAUCUUUCACACAAAUGGGCAGAAUUUGGAUAUUUUUUCGAUUUACCAGACUUUCUCACAUGGAAAGCAACUGGAUCGCAAAGUCGAUCGCUAUGUUCCCUUGUUUGCAAAUGGAAUUAUGAGUGUUCUACUGAUGGAAAAAAAGGAUGGAAUGAAAAUUUUCUACAUAGUAUAGGCUUGGGAGAGUUAGUGGAGCAUGACUACAAGAAAAUUGGCAACCAAGUUUUGAUGCCAGGAGAAAAAUGUGGUGGAUUGAAGCCUGAUAUUGCAAAAUCCCUUGGUCUUGUUCCUGGCACUGCUGUAGCCACAUCCAUUAUAGAUGCACAUGCUGGUGGUCUUGGAAUGAUUGGUACUAGUGGUGAAAGUAUUGACAGAAACAUGUCAACAAGAUUUAGCUUGAUAUGUGGUACAUCCACAUGUCAUAUGGCUGUUAAUAGGAACGCAGUUUUAGUUCAGGGUAUUUGGGGUCCUUAUUUCAGUGCAAUGGUACCCAAUAUGUGGUUAAAUGAGGCAGGACAAAGUGCAUCUGGUAUGUUAUUAGACUAUGUUAUCUCUAGUCAUCCAGCUGGAAUUCGGUUGUUGAAGAAAUAUAACACUGGAGAAGUGCGUAAUCAUUUGCGAGAAUUAUUAGCAAAAAUAGCGAAACGACAACAACUCAACGAUGUGUGCUUUCUGACCAAAGAUUUUCACAUUUGGCCCGAUUUUCAUGGAAACAGGUCGCCGUUAGCAGAUCCUUCUUUAAAAGGGAUGAUUUGCGGACUUACGAUCAAUGAUAGUGAAGAAAACCUGGCUUUAUGCUAUUUAGCAACAUUACAGGCUUUGUCGUACGGUACGCGCCAUAUAAUGGAUGCGCUCAUAUUGGCAGGAUAUAAACCAUUUAAAUCACUGCUCAUCUGUGGAGGUAUAUCAAAAGAUCCACUUUUUGUACAAACACAAGCUGAUACCGUGGGCUUGCCAAUACUGAAGCCGCAUGAGACCGAGUCAGUUCUUCUCGGUUCUGCAAUCUUAGGAGCAUGCGCUUCGCAGUAUUUCAAUAAUGUUCAACAUGCAAUCGAACAUAUGGGAGGACCAAUUGAAGUACAGAGCAAUUAUGAAUUAGUUACAUUUCUUUAUUGA